CUUUAACAAGAUAACACAGUGACUUAUACACGAGAGGAAAGAGGGUCAACAAGCAGCGAUUCCAGCAUAGGUCUUAAAAUAUUCUGCCCUGCACAACACUAUCAAGAGAAUGGAAGAUUUUACUGAUCUGCCUUACACAUUAAUUACACAUACAGGUGUCAACUCCACUAUCGAGGAUGAGGAUGAAUAUCCUUAUACGUAUUAUGAUGAUAAAAAUGGUAUUAGUCAAAACCAUUUUGAUAUUGAAAAGAUCAUUCAUAUUGUCUCAGCGGUAAUAUAUGCUGUAGCAUUCUUUCUGGGUACAAUUGGAAAUGGUUUGGUGAUAUGGAUGACUGGAUUCAGGAUGAAAAAAACUGUCAACACAGUGUGGUUUCUUAAUCUUGCAAUUGCUGACUUUAUCUUCACCUUUUUCUUGCCCCUUAGCAUUGUCUACACAGCUCUUGGAUUCCAUUGGCCAUUUGGAACAUUUAUGUGCAAGUUAAACAGCACCAUUACAAUUCUCAAUUUAUUUGCAAGCAUCUUCCUAUUGACUGUUAUCAGUAUUGACCGCUGUUUAGCUGUGGUUCAUCCUGUAUGGUCUCAGAACCACAGGACACCCAGAUUGGCUUCCAUGAUAUCCAUAGCUGUUUGGUUUCUUGCCCUUAUUGCCAGUUUGCCGUAUGCUUUCUUUAAAGAUACAAAAAUGAUUGGGGAUAAAACUAUGUGCUUUAACAACUUUAUCCUUACUGAUAAACAUGUGAGUGCUUAUAUGAGCUAUCUGGCUAUCUUGCGACAUAGAUUUUUAAUAAUAACAAGAUUUCUUAUUGGUUUUUUUAUUCCUUUCACUGUCAUUGUUUCCUGUUACACAAUAAUUGCAUUUAGGCUUCAUGUGAACCAUCUUGCUACAUCUACCAAACCUUUCAAAAUUAUUAUAGCGGUAAUUAUUUUAUUCUUUGUUUGUUGGUUUCCUUACCAUGUCUUCUCCUUUUUGGAACUCUCCAGCCAAAGAGGUCAUAAUUCAUACAUGACAAAUAUUUUAAAUAUUGGCAUACCUCUAACAUCCAGCCUAGCCUUCCUCAACAGUUGUGUUAACCCCUUCCUAUAUGUCUUCAUUGGCCGGGAUUUUAAGGAGAAAUUGAGAGUAUCUUUUCUAUCAAUUUUUGAGAAAGCAUUUAAUGAGGACUAUGCAGGAACAGAAAUCAAAAGCAAAGCAAAGUUAACCUCAAAUUCACAAGUUGUCUGAAACCCACUUAUCUAGAACAAUGGUCAUAAUUUGUAAAUUUUUAAAUGGUAGUUGUAUAAAUAAUGAUUAUAAUGUAUGUAUGGCAGACAAGAUUUCCAAAUCCAUGGUUCAUAUUUGCCUUGCAAUAAAUAAUCAUAUAACAUGUUAGUAAAUAAAGGCUAAUGAAAAAAAUAUAGAGUAAUGUGCAAUGCCUAUAAAUGAUUCUGAUUUCACAAAAUUGUGAAGCACACCAUGCAAAAAAAUAAAUAAAACAUAUAUAUAUACUGUA